AUGGUCCGUUACGCCGCGUCGAUUCCCAACGCAAAGAGCGCCCGCGCCCGGGGCUCUUACCUGCGUGUUAGCUUCAAGAACACUCGGGAAACCGCCCAGGCCAUCAACGGAUGGAAGCUGCAGCGUGCUCUUGUCUACCUCGAGAACGUCAUCAAUCACAAGGAGGCCGUUCCCAUGCGCCGAUAUGCCGGAAGCACCGGUCGCACUGCCCAGGGCAAGGAAUUCGGCGUCUCCAAGGCCCGCUGGCCCGUCAAGUCCGCCGAGCAGCUCCUCGGUCUCUUGAAGAACGCUGAGGCCAAUGCCGACACCAAGGGUCUCGACACCAGCAACCUCGUCGUUAAGCACAUCCAGGUCAACCAAGCCCCCAAGGGUCGCAGACGCACCUACCGUGCCCACGGUCGUAUCAACCCCUACAUGACCAACCCUUGCCACAUCGAGCUCAUCCUCACCGAGGGUGAAGAAGUUGUCCAGAAGGCUCCUCACGUUGUCGCCAAAGAAUCCCGUCUCAACUCUCGCCAGCGUGGUGCUCAGAUCCGCCGCGCCCUUACAGAGGCUUAA